AUGUGGCAGUUAAAAGAAGAUAUGUACUCAUUAUUUCAAUCAGAAAAAUAUGCUCCGAUCAAUGGAAUACGUUCGAUCUCCUGUUUAGCUAUUGUUUCAUUUCAUAUCGGUUGCGUAUUGAAUUCAUUGAUUCCACCAUAUCCACAUAUACAAUGGAUGACUUACUUGAAUAGUUAUACAUACAGAUUAUCAUCUCUUGCAGUGUUAUUAUUGGAAACAUUUUUCAUGCUAUCUGGUUUUCUUCUCACAUUGAAAUUCAUUCAACAUCAAGAUUCUUUCUCAUUGAAAGAAUAUCCUUUAUAUAUAAUGAAACGUGCCUGCCGUUAUUGGCCGGGAAUCUUACUGAUUACCAUGCUGAUGUUGAUAUUAGGUGAACCUGAAGGAAACUGGACAAGUUUCUGGCUAUUUUAUCAAAAUUUUGUUAAUAUGAAACAAUGGUCAUGGGGUUUUUCUGCACUCUGGAGUAUCAGUCUUGAUAUGCAAAUGCAUAUAAUACUACCCAUCAUUCUUCAUAUCGUCAUUAGUUCCAAAUCCGAUUAUCAGAGAACUUAUUUAUCAUUAUAUAUACUUGUUAUAUUGUCCAUUGUUUAUUCAAUACUUGUUUUCAAUCCAAAGACUAUGAAUAUUUUGAUACAUACAUAUCAUAAUAGUACCUUAGCGCUAGCAAUGCCGCAAUUGUUUAUUGAUUGGGUUACAGUUGAAUAUAAUGUCACACUAGGAUUUGAAAAGGUGAUCGAGCCAAGUCCAGUAAAACCGUACUUGGAACUGAUGUACUUCUCAAUACCAGGUCGAUAUUCAAGCUUUAUAAUCGGAUCUAUUCUCGCAUUUACUCUAAUCAAUGCUAAAAAUAACACUAUGAUUCGUUACGGAAUGAUUAAGAAAUAUACUUAUUUAACAUUCAUUUUCCUAUUUAUGGCUAUAUUGACAAUACCAUCUGAACCAGAUACAAUCAAUCCUGUAGUAUUAACGAUAAUGUUUUCCAUUAUUCGACAAAUAUUUGCAAUAUCAUUAGCAUUUAUUCUCUUUUCAGCUAUUUGUCCAUCUACACAUCCCUACUAUAGUCCAUUGAUUAGAUCAUUUUUAUCGCAUCCUAUCUGGACACCGAUUGCUAAAUUGAGUUAUUUGAUAUAUGUAAUUCAUUGUCGAAUUGCAUUCGAAUUGAUAAUGACUCACAGUCAUAUAUUUAAUCCUACAUACUACUCAAUCGAUAUUCUAACAAUUGUAUGCUUCAUACCUGUAUUAAUAAGUUGUCUCAUCAUAUCUGUUAUUUGGUUUAUUUUUGUCGAAAAACCAUUUCAACGAUUAAUCAAUAAGCAGUUAUCCAGUUAUGAAAAGUUUCAUGCAAUAUAA